UCACUAUUCUACAUUUGCCCUAGACACGUGUCCUUUCUUCACCCCUAUCACUGUGCUGUAACUAUGAUAAUCUGCUUGGCAACCGGUCAAAUUACAUUUUCUCAGUCUAAAAUCACCUCCUGGAGAGACCUCCUCAGCUGUGAUGGACGCUGGAAAUGGUUUUCCUGCUGCUAAGUACACCGGUGGACCGCACGAUACGACGAUAAUGAAUCGGAUAAUGCUAAGAUUCCGACCGAUCGCACCGAAACCUGUCGCCGGUGGUUCAUCUGAUGGAUCUACACCAGAAUAUAACAACACGGAACUUGUUACCAAAAGAAGAGCGAAGAGAAAGUACGUUAGAGUUAAGAAAAGUAGCAAGUGCAAGUCUAACAAAGAAGACGAAGCAAAUAAAGACGGAUCUUCACUGUACGAGGAUAACGGAGCUGUUUUAACUCUUCAGUUGAUGCCGGAAAGUAGUAGCGGCGUCAAAAACAGUCUAGAAAAUUCCGGAUCUCGACCUUUCUGGAUGAAUUUUCAGAAUAGUGAAAUUUUCCCCGUAGGAUCAGAUCAGAUAGAUCGGACGGUGGAGAUUCCGAAGAAAAGAGUGGUGGAGUCAUGGGUGUUGGUAGACCGGAUGACAAACGCGUUGGUAGAGGGAGAAGCGUUAGGUAGUACGGACAUGGAGAAGAUGAAGAAUCUGGAGGCUGACACGUGUCCAGGGUUGAUAUCAGACGGUUUAGAUAGAGUUCAGUGGGUGAAUCUGGCGUACCGGAGAAUGGUUGAUCCUCUAGAAGGUUCUGGAAAUUCGCCGAAGCUGGUGACGUGGCUGGUAGUGAAGGAGAAAAUAUUGUUGCCUAACUCAUCAGCUUUUGCAUGCACUGUGAGGAUACUGUACACGAAGAAUUCACAGACAAUGCCGUGUGAUGUAUGGAAGAUGGAAUUUGGAGGAUUUGCAUGGAGACUUGAUGCUAAAGCUGCUCUUAGAUUGGGUCGUUAAUGAGGAUGCAACUAGCAGGUAAUUAAAUUACCUAAGUACUUUAUUA